CCGAGUGGGGAGCGUUUGCGCCUGCGCGCCGCGGGCGGGGCUUCUGGGGCGGAGCGGCCACCAUCUUGGAACGGGAGGCGGAGCAGAGCCGACUGGGAGCGACCGAGCGGGCCGCCGCCGCCGCCAUGAACCCCGAAUACGACUACCUGUUUAAGCUGCUGCUCAUCGGCGACUCGGGCGUGGGGAAGUCCUGCCUGCUCCUGCGCUUCGCCGAUGACACGUACACGGAGAGCUACAUCAGCACCAUCGGGGUGGACUUCAAGAUCCGAACCAUCGAGCUGGACGGCAAGACCAUCAAGCUGCAGAUUUGGGACACAGCGGGGCAGGAGCGGUUCCGGACCAUCACUUCCAGCUACUACCGCGGCGCCCACGGCAUCAUCGUGGUGUACGACGUCACUGACCAGGAAUCCUACGCCAACGUGAAGCAGUGGCUGCAGGAGAUCGACCGCUACGCCAGCGAGAACGUCAACAAGCUCCUGGUGGGCAACAAGAGCGAUCUCACCACCAAGAAGGUGGUGGACAACACCACGGCCAAGGAGUUCGCUGACUCCCUGGGCAUCCCCUUCCUGGAGACGAGCGCCAAGAAUGCCACCAACGUGGAACAGGCCUUCAUGACCAUGGCCGCUGAGAUCAAGAAGCGGAUGGGACCCGGGGCUGCCUCGGGGGGUGAGAGGCCUAACCUCAAGAUCGACAGCACCCCCGUGAAACCGGCUGGCGGCGGCUGCUGCUAGGGGGUGCGAGCAGGGCCAGGAGGGGCGCCUUGUCCAGAUGAUGCCCCUGGAGGGGGCAGGAGAUGCCUCCCUCUCCUGGGGCUUUUGAGUCUGUGGCCUGGGGGUGUCCUGGGCUCCCCUCUCCAUCUGGCCCACAUCCCUGCCCCUCUGAACCCGGGUUCUGUCAGAGCCCCCCCCCCCAAGGGAGGACACCCAGGACCUGUGGGGGGCUUGCUCCGCUGCCUUUGGUCACGCUCACAGAUUACCCACCACACACCUUUCCUUGGGAUGAGGGCUCCGUCUGCCUCCUGCCCCCACCCUUGUGUAAGUGGUGGGUGUUUCCUUCCCUUUUCCUCCUCUGCCCCCCACCCUCCCCAACUGCCCCUGAUUGCACUCAGUGCCCAGAGCCAGGAAUGGUGCCAGGGAUCCAGGACCUCAGGAUGGGCAUGGGCCCUGGUGCCCAGCAGCCCGUCUCUCCUCCCCGCCCUUGCCCAACCCACAUCCAUAGUUCCAGCCAUUCACCUGCCCUUGGGCCUGGGCACACAGAGGGCGGGUGGGCGGGCAGUGGGCUGGGCCUGUGUCUUGAGCCCAAAGGGAGCCUGCUCCUGCCGCCCCCCUGCCCUGCCAGAGCCAGGCCCGUGUGCUGCCUGCCCACCGUGCCCCUUUGUCCCCAAGGCAGGCGGAGGCGGAAGGCCCACCAUGCCAGAGGCCAGGCACCAGCCUUAACCCUCUCUCUGCCGGCACCUCCUGCCACGUGUGGCUGCUUCUCUCUCCAGGGCAGAGCCUCUCCCUGUCGCUACUCUGGGGAAUGCGGGUGCAACCCAGUGUUGGGGGCCUCUCCACUCACCUCUCCCACUAGGACCUGGCCCCAUGCCCUUCGGCUCAGCUGCUUCCUGCAGAAAACCAAACCUUAGGUCUUGGCCCAGAACCCUGUGCUGUCUCUGCCUGCCCCCCCCCCCCCGUCCUGCCCCCAGCUUGUAUUUAAGUCCCUGGGCCACUCCUCGGGGUGCCCCCACUCCCAGGUCCCCCUCCGGUGUCAUGUCAGGCAUUCUGCAAGGAAAAGCCACUUGGGGAAAGACGGAAAAGGACAAAAAGAUAAAACCACAAUAAAUCUCCACUGGCCCUCUGGUGAGCGAGGGUUUUUGCAAGGAAA